AUGAGUUGGCAGCAGGAAACGGUAUCAGAGAUCACCUUUGACCACAAUGAAAGGCCAUUAGGCCCUGAAAAAGACAAGACAGCGGAAGAUAGCAGCAUUCUUCGGUACAUCAAAACAUUGACAAACCACCAAAUGAACGCAAAGCAGCAACGGAUGGAUCGAUAUCUUCAACAAGUCAAGCACGUGCAAUCAGCCGAGGACUUUUCUGUACGACUCUCCAAAUCUCCUCAAUAUCCUUUAGUGACUAGAAACCAGCAUCAGCAGCUGCAAAAGAGGUCAAAAACAAAAGUCAAGUCUAAACGUAAUGACCGAGUUCGGAAUGAUCAACAACACGUGGCUGCAGCCACAAAUCAUUCUUGUUCUCGAUCGAAGCGUCCAAAUGAUAAUAAUCACGAAGAUCGACAGACGAAGAAGCCGAAGAAGUCUAAUCAACAAACAAAACAGACCACGAUUAUCGGAUCCUUGGAGAGAUUUAGGCUUCACGGUGCCUGGUCACAGAAGGCAGCGGGUAAUCAUUGCGAGGAUGGCAGCAAGAUGCCUCCAGAUGUUACAGGAAACAAGCCUGUUCAAUCAGUCCAAAUACAAGAUUUGACACGCAUGCCACAAACUUUGAGCUCAAAGUUCAGCACGAUGAGGACUGACUUGGAUCGCCGCUCUGUUCAGGAACUCAGGCCACUUUUAGUUAAGGCGCACGCAGGUUCAGUUCCACCUCAAGAUCCGUGCAGCAACUUUGCCCAGCCCAUCAACUUUCUAUCACCGGAGGAAGCGCAACCAAGAAAUCUUGACUGUGUCUUCCCUCAGCAGGAGGCUUUCAUCCCAACUUAUGAUCCCCUCACUUCCGUCAUGGAGUCAAUUUACUUUUAA